AUGCAAGCUAAUGACCAUCCAGGCCCAUUCGCAGGCCUUCUGCUGGCCGACUACGGAGCGUCGGUUCUGCGCAUCGAUCGGCCCAAUGCCGUGAGCGCUGACCAGUUAACCCGACACAAAACAUCCGUCACGCUGGACCUACGCGACUCGGCUUCACACCGUGCUCUGCUGUCCAUUCUGGCCAAGGCAGACGUUCUCAUCGACCCCUACCGUCCGGGGGUCUUGGAACGUCUGGGCCUUUCACCCUCCGAGGUUCUCCUCAAGCAUAAUCCUCGUCUGAUUGUGGCGCGGAUGACGGGGUUCCGCCGCGAUGGCAAGUAUAAGGACAUGGCUGGUCAUGAUAUCAACUAUAUUGCCGUGUCCGGCGUCCUCUCCAUGCUGGGUCGCUUGGGCGAGGCCCCGUACGCUCCGGGGAACAUCCUGGGCGAUUUUGCCGGCGGAGGCGCCAUGUGCUUUCAGGGAAUCUUGUUGGCUUUGUUGGCACGCUCCCACACGGGACGCGGCCAGGUCGUCGAGGCGAACAUGGUAGAUGGGUCGGCGUAUCUGGCUGCGAUGCCGCGAUUGAACCGCCACACGCCACUAUGGAAUCAGCCCCGCGGCCAGAACAUGCUGGACGGGGGGAGUCCGUUCUACGACACCUACGAGACCAAAGAUCCGGGCAAGUAUUUUGCCGUGGGGGCGUUGGAACCUCAGUUCUACGCGGCGCUUCUGAAGGGCCUCGGGUUCAGCCCCAAAGAACUGCCAUCGCGAGACGACCGCACCAAUUGGCCAGUCCUGCGAGCGGCGUUUGGCCAACGGUUUCGAGAGAAGACCCGCGCGGAGUGGGAGGCCAUUUUCGACGGUACCGAUGCCUGCGCGACACCGGUAUUGGAACAGAGUGAGCUCGAAGAGAGCGGGUACGAGCAACGGUCGGCGGUCCAUCUGACUGAGACCCCGGCCUUGCCUAUUGCCGCGGACGACGGGGCCUGGUCCGGAGGUGGACUGGCUCCGGGAACCGGUGGGCAAGAGACGCUGCAGGCCUGGUUGGGGUGGGAGGAAGGCAGACACUAUGUGGUUCGUUCGGAUGGGGCGCUGGUGCAGCUUGCAGCAGACAGUAAGGCGAAGCUGUGA